GGUUCCUACCCACCUACCUACCUGUAUCUACCUCUCGACCAAUUUAGACAGUCUCUCGAAACAAGCUCGUCACAACAUCGCAUUGAAACUUUUUGGGCCGAAUCUACUCAACGUACACGAGACAACUCCCCAUUCACCAACCUGCACCUACAUACAGACGCAGAACGCACACACACAGACACGCACUCUGUCCCUCUCCCUUCCUCCCUCCCUCCCUCCCUCUCUCUGUCUCUCUUCGUCGCUCAGAGCACAGCUGGAAAUUAAUCAAUGGCCGCGAUGGCCGUCCAAACACCCAACGGCUCGAGCUCUGGCUCCAGCCCGAACAACAACAAUAACACCAGCACUACCACAACAGAGCACCUGCCGAUGCCGUCGAGGAACCCAUUACCGCUGUCUGCAUCGCAAGAGGCGCAGGUGCGGGAGGUGUUUUACGACAGGGUGCGGAGGCAGUGCGCGGCUGAGAUAAAAGCCUUCGCCGACUGCGCCCUCGGACGCACCUUCUCUGUCCCCUUUGCCUGCCGCGAACCCCACCGGCUGAUGAACGGGUGCAUGAAGGCCCACGCGACGCCGCAAGAGGAAGACGCGGCGCGGGAGGAGUGGUUUGCGCAGCGGCAGGAGCGGGCGCGGCAGCGGGUGGAGAAGCAGCGGCGGAAGGAGGAGCAGGCGCGGUUUGUGCGGGAGUGGUGGGGCAUCGAGGAGAACGAGAGGGACGAGGCCAGGCGGCGGGCGGAGGAGGAGAAGUUGAGGAGGGGGGAGAGGGUUGGCGGGUUUCGGAGCAGAGGGCGGGGUGGAGAGGAGGGGGAAAGGCGGUGAUGGAAGAGAGGGAGACGGAGGGAGAGAGAAUGUAUUAUUGUCCUGGGCGUUUUGAGGGCGCCUGGAGAAAUGAGGAUCUAGUACGGCAUAUCACGACGACACGGCCUGCACGGUGUGCUGAUGAUAAAGUGGACAGGCCAUACAUAGGACCUUGUACAUAUACACAUGGGAACACACGUGUGUCUGUG